AUGGAACCUGAAUUCUCUCUUAAGAGGUCUGAUGAUCUCUGUAAUGAUUCAGCAAAUGUAUCUGAUAUAACAACAGUCACCAGGUCAUAUUUAUUGUGUAUUUUUGUUGGCUCUCUAUCUGUCCUUAUAAUGUGUGGAAAUCUUCUUGUAAUAAUCUCCAUCAUUUACUUCAAACAGCUCCACACUCCUACAAACUACCUCAUCCUCUCUCUGGCUGUGGCUGACCUGCUUGUUGGGAUUGUAGUUAUGCCUUUCAGCAUAAUACUGACUGUAACUUCAUGUUGGUAUCUUGAAGAUUUACUCUACAGAUAUUACGCAGUGUGUCAGCCUCUGAGCUAUAGAACUAAAAUGAAUGUCGGUGUUAUUGUUGUCAUGAUCCUGUUGAGCUGGACUGUUUCUGCACUACUUGGAAUUGGCAUCACAUUACAGGGAUUGAAUGAAGGGCAAUCAAAUCGGUGUGUUUUAUUUCAACAUACAAGUUCAGUAAUCAAGGGAACUUUUUUUGCUUUUUAUCUCCCAGCUAUCAUAAUGUUCUCCAUCUAUCUAAAGAUUUUCAUUGUGGCACAGAGACAGGCACGCAGCAUCCAGAACACAACCUGUCAGAGAAAAAGUAAGAGGGAAAGAAAGGCCACCAAAACUCUGGCUGUUGUUAUUGGAGUAUUCCUCAUCUGUUGGACUCCUUUUUUCCUUUGUAUCACUUUUUACCCUUUGAGUAAUUACACAAUACCAGUUCCUUUGAUUGAAACAUUUAAAUGGCUUGGAUGGUCCAACUCAAUGCUCAACCCAUUUGUCUAUGGUUUCUUUUACAGCUGGUUUCGAUCAUCUUUGAGAAUAAUCAUUUCUGGGAAAAUAUUUCAAGAUCCAGUUGAGAAGAGAAAGUAG